AUGAGCGAAGCAAGCUCCACUAUAGCAAUAGACUUAGACCAUGUACAGAAGUCAUACAAUGUAUUCAGGAAAAACUAUCCUGAAAAGAAGUUACCAAAAGAAUUGCCAUUCAAGUUCAACAGCCAGUUGUCUAUGGAAGACAACUUGAACAACUUGUCUUUAUUUGCAUUGAGCUAUCCAUUACUAGCGUACUACUGUUACCAACCAAUAUACCUAGAGCUAGUCGCUCGCUGGAUCAAGUACCCGUCGGUAUUUGAAGAAGAAUACCGCAAACAUGGUGGCCCAAACACCAAGGCACCCGGUUCUCAACCAAUCAAGGGCUCCAUAAUUUUACUAGCACUAUCCAAGCUCCUUCAUUUGUCUCACGAAUACAUCACUUUAUUCAACUUGUUUCUUGAACGAAACGAUUUUUGGAAAAGCCUAUCCCCGACGUCUUCAUCCUUGGAGCAGACGUUGUUGGCCUUCUACAGGUUGCUCCACUAUAACUCAAACGAGUAUAGACAUUUCAUCGAUCCAGAGGUCUUGCAUUCCAUAGUGGAGCAAGAAGACUCUGAAAACCGUCUAAAAGUCUCGAAAUAUCUCGCGGUUCAGAUCCUAGCAAAGUAUCUCCUGGCGUCGGAAACAGUCCGAAAUGCAAUGUUGGAAAAGUACCAAAUAAGCAACCACCCAUUAAUAGCAGCAUAUGAGGAUUCUCUUCUCGACUAUCAUUUUCUUCCGCUUUUCGAGGCAAAGAGAAUCGCCAAUUUCAAAAGCUUGCCCAAGGUCUUAAAAAUUGCUCCUUCUUCAUCAAAAGACAUUUUGAUCAACACAUCGGCAUUGUCCACCAAGAUGAUAUCAUCGGUUUGCGGAGUUCUUGUUCCGCGGGUGAUACAUUCACGCACUUCACAUUCAUCACAAUCAUCUGCAUUUGUCCCCACUCCUCAUUCGAUCCACGCGCUCAGGCAAAUCGCCACAUCUGUUCAAAGAAACGAACCGACCAUGCUCGUGGGGCCCGCGGGCUCUGGCAAGACAUUUUUGAUCAACCACCUAGCCGAGGAAAUGUCGUAUCACGACUCCAUAGUGAGGAUCCAUCUUGGAGAGCAAACGGACGCAAAACUUCUCUUGGGAACCUACGCCUCGGGCGAGAAACCAGGAACUUUCCAGUGGAACACGGGAGUCCUUAGCGCGGCCGUGCAAGAAGGCAAAUGGGUCUUGAUUGAAGAUAUAGAUCAAGCACCGACGGAGAUUUUAUCCGUUUUGUUGACUUUGUUGGAGACAAGACAACUCAGCAUCCCAUCUCGCGGCGAAGUGAUAAAGGCCAAGAAUGGAUUUCAAUUGUUUUCGACGAUCCGCCAAACAAAGGCUGGCUCGGUACCAGACAUGAUUGGUUCCCGCUUUUGGAAGCUUAUCGAGUUGGAACCGCUCGCGGAGGCAGAGCUCAAGACUAUUUUGUACGCCAAGUUCCCCCUGCUCGCAAGAAUGGUGGACCACAUCAUGAACUGCUUCCUCGAGGUGCAGAAAUUCUACGACCAACGCGCGUUCUUGUCGUUGAACCUGGGAAACCCGCCCAAACCAAUUUCAAGUAAAGACUUGAUCAAAUUCUGCCGCCGUUGUGAAAAGCUACUUGACGGCGUUUCUGCUACUGUUGUUAGUGUUGAUGGUGAUGGUGAUGGUGCCAUAGAGGAAUCUACUUACGACCAUAUCUUUGCAGAAGCUGUUGCAUGCUUUGGAAGCUCUGUUGUGGAACCUAAAGCGAUCGAGGUGCUUGUGAGAUUCAUCGGCGAGCAAUUGCAGGUUCCCUCAUCCAGAGUUGACCUAUUUUUGGCGCGGAACAAACCUCAUUUUGACAACGGCAGCGAAUACUUGAGAGUAGGGAGGGCGGUGGUGGCAAAGCCGGACCCAAGUUCCAGGAAACUUGGCACGAAAAGUAUGGUGGACGUCUCGUCAUUCGCCAGAACCAACCAUGCGCUCCAUUUGAUGGAAGAGUUGGGCGUUGCCGUGAGUAUGGCGGAGCCUGUGUUGUUGGUUGGUGAAACUGGUACCGGUAAAACAACAGUGAUUCAGCACUUGGCGAAACUCUUGGGUAAGAAACUCACCGUGAUUAACCUUUCCCAGCAAACAGAGACGGGGGACUUGUUGGGAGGAUACAAACCAGUCAACGUCAAGUCAUUCGCCAUGCCCAUCCAGGAGUUUUUCGAAACCAUAUUUGUGACCACUUUUUCGGAGAAGAAGAAUGAACGGUUCAGCAAGAUUUUGUCUCGUUCAUUCAACAAUGGUCAAUGGAAGAAUGUUGUCAAAUUAUGGCUGGAAGCUUAUAAAAUGGCCGUUGCUUUCCUCGAAAAGCCUCGACGUGAGGACAACAAAAACAACAACAACAACAACAACAACAAAGACAACGACGAGAAUGAUAUACAAGCCGAUGAAGAAGGAAAUCCCAGGAAAAAACGCAAAUCGCGAAUGGACAAGUCUUUUUUGCUCAAAAAAUGGCAGGAGUUUCGUGUCAUGUUGGACGAAUUUGACGCGAGGUCAUCAAUGUCGGAGAAUUCGUUUGCCUUUAGCUUCGUAGAGGGGUCGCUAGUGAGGGCUUUGAAGAAUGGUGAUUGGCUAUUACUCGACGAGCUAAACCUUGCAAGUUCCGAUACCUUGGAAAGCAUUGCCGAUCUACUAAACGAGUCGCUGAACCAAAGGUCCAUCCUCUUGGCUGAAAGAGGCGACACCGAGCCAAUUGCAGCUCAUGCAGAGUUUCGGAUUUUUGGCUGCAUGAACCCUUCCACCGAUGUCGGGAAAAGGGACUUGCCCAUGAGUAUUCGGUCCAAAUUCACAGAAAUGUACGUCCAGUCGCCGGAUAAAGAUUUGCAGGACUUGUUGUCAAUCAUUGAAAAGUACAUUGGACGGUACUGUGUUGGCGACGAGAGCGCGGUCAACGAUGUUGCCGAAUUGUACUUGAAAGCGAAAACCUUGUCUAGUCAGAACCAGAUUGUCGAUGGGGCUAACCAGAGGCCUCACUUUAGCAUACGUACUUUGACAAGGACAUUGAUAUACGUGUGCGACAUUGCUCGAAUCUAUGGACUCCGAAGGGCGUUGUACGAAGGGUUUUCAAUGACGUUUUUGACAUUGUUGGAUGCCAAGUCGGAACUGAUCUUGAAACCGGAGAUUGUCAAGCACACAAUUGGGAAAUUGAGAAAUGUCAAAUCGGUAAUGAACCAAAUCCCUCCGAUUCCCGCGGCAGGUGAAUAUGUCCAGUUUAGGCACUAUUGGAUGAAGCGGGGGCCCAACGAAAUCGUCGCUCGCCCCAACUACAUCAUCACCCCAUUUGUUGAAAAGAAUUUGAUGAACUUGGUGAGGGCGACCUCGGGGCGCAGGUUCCCAGUCUUGAUUCAAGGUCCUACUUCCGCCGGGAAGACCUCGAUGAUCGAAUACUUGGCCAGCAUCACGGGGCACAAGUUUGUUAGAAUCAAUAACCACGAGCAUACCGAUUUGCAAGAGUACUUGGGAACCUAUGUCAGCGAUAGCUCUGGUAAAUUGGUGUUCCAAGAAGGGGUCUUGGUGGAAGCUUUGAAAAAGGGCCACUGGAUCGUCUUGGAUGAGCUAAACCUCGCCCCCACCGAUGUCUUGGAGGCAUUGAAUAGGCUAUUGGACGACAACCGAGAGUUGUUCAUUCCAGAAACACAGGAGGUGGUCAAACCUCAUCCUGACUUUAUGUUGUUUGCAACUCAGAACCCACCUGGAUUGUACGGAGGGCGGAAAGUUUUGUCACGAGCUUUUCGCAACCGAUUUUUGGAGCUUCAUUUUGACGACAUCCCCCAGGACGAGUUGGAGACCAUUUUGCAACAACGAUGCCAGAUUGCACCAAGCUAUGCCAAAAAGAUUGUUGACGUUUACAAGAACUUGAGUGUCCAGCGUCAGUCCACAAGGCUAUUUGAGCAAAAGAACUCGUUUGCCACAUUGAGGGACUUGUUCCGGUGGGCCAUGAGAGAAGCGGUGGGCUACGAAGAAUUGGCAGUCAACGGGUACAUGCUUUUGGCAGAAAGAGUGCGCAAACCGCAGGAGAAGGAGGCCGUUAAGGCUGCGAUUGAAAGAGUGAUGAAAGUGCAAGUCGACAUGGAGUCGUACUACGACAAGUUUGACCUUUCUCCAUUCUACGAGCGCGGCGGACUGAUUGUCUGGACAAAAGCGAUGCGUCGUUUAGCCGUGCUUGUUGUUUCGUCUAUGAGGAACAAGGAGCCCCUCUUGUUGGUUGGAGAAACGGGGUGUGGCAAAACAACCAUUUGCCAAGUCAUUGCCGCGGUGAACCAGAAGGAGCUCGUUGCAGUGAAUGCCCAUCAAAACACGGAGACGGGUGAUUUAUUGGGAAGCCAGCGUCCCGUUCGAAACAAAGUGAGGUUGCAAGCGGAGUUGAAGGCGGACUUGGACUAUUUUCUAGGACAAGUUGGAGUUGAAAAUUCGGAGGCAUUGACGAUGGAGGAGAAAAUUCACCAAUUCACCAAGUCUUUGGGCCCCGACUCGAACUCCACGGAAACUCUUGCAGAAUUAGCCCAGAAGAUCAAAGAGAACUUGAAGUCAAUGUCCAUCUUGUUUGAAUGGGCAGACGGGCCAUUGGUGAAAGCCAUGAAAAAUGGAGACUAUUUCCUUCUAGACGAGAUAUCGUUGGCAGAUGACUCGGUUUUGGAACGGUUGAAUUCGGUCUUGGAACCGGAGCGGAGCUUGCUACUUGCGGAAAAGGGAAACGAGGACGUCUUUGUCGUGGCAGCUGAUUCAUUCCAAUUUUUUGCAACCAUGAACCCCGGUGGAGAUUAUGGUAAGAAGGAACUUUCACCAGCCUUGCGGAACAGAUUCACUGAAGUGUGGGUUCCAUCGAUGGAAAAUUACAAUGACGUGCAAGCCAUCGUGGAUACUCGUUUAGACAACAAACUGUUGACGCGUGCGGUGGUUGAGUUUUCCCGAUGGUACGCGACGGAAUUUGGUGGUGGUGGUGGUGGUGGUGAUGGCGCUAGUAAUGGUGUCAUUUCUCUCCGAGACAUACUUUCAUGGGUUGAGUUCAUCAACAAAUGUGGCGCCUUCAUGGACCCAUCGGCGGCCGCGUUUCAUGGAGCAGCGAUGGUUUUCAUUGAUGCCAUAGGUACUAACAACACGGCGUAUCUUGCUGAGGAUCCUAACCAGUUGGAGAAUAAGAAGCGGGCAUGCAGAGCAGAACUUUUGCAACUACUUGGGCAACCUGACAUUGCUGCCAGUGUCGACACGUUGAUCAGCGUAGACCAGGACAGAUUUGUAGCUGGUCAAUUCUCCGUGCCCGUGGCCAUGGCAGCCGUUGGCUUUCAAAACAAGUUUGACUCCUCCUUUAGUUUGCACGCGCCCACCACGGCGGCCAACGCGAUGAAGGUGGUGCGUGCGUUGCAGCUCAACAAACCGAUAUUGUUGGAGGGGAGUCCCGGGGUGGGCAAGACAAGCUUGAUUGACACCAUCGCCAAAGUUACUGGAAACCCCUUGUACAGGAUAAACUUAUCGGAGCAGACGGAUUUGGUGGACUUGUUUGGGUCGGAUGCUCCCGUCAAAGACGGCUCGGCGGGAGAAUUUGCUUGGAGGGAUGCUCCGUUUUUGAGAGCCAUGCAGAGAGGUGAAUGGGUUUUGCUCGACGAAAUGAACUUGGCAUCCCAGUCCGUGCUUGAAGGGUUGAAUGCGUGCUUGGACCAUCGUGGAGAAGUCUACAUCCCCGAACUCGACAAGUCGUUCAAGAAGGACCCGAGUUUCAGAGUGUUUGCAGCGCAAAACCCGCAGUACCAAGGGGGCGGCAGAAAAGGGUUACCCAAGUCGUUUGUCAAUCGUUUUAGUGUUGUGUACGUCGACACGUUGAACUCGGAGGAUCUCUUAUCAAUUUUGAAAAGCGGGUUCCCACUGGUGUCGUCCACCGACAGUGCAAAACUAAUCAACUUUAUGUCCAAAAUCGAAACCGAAGUAGUGAGAAACAAGGCCUGGGGCAAUGCUGGAUCUCCCUGGGAGUUUAAUUUGCGUGACACCUUGCGAUGGCUUACGAUGUAUUUGAGCAAAAACAUCAACCAAGAUUUACAGGUUUCGGACUUUGUGGACAUGAUUAUAUUCCAGCGGUUUCGUAACGAGGAGGAUAGAGCUAACGCGCAACGAUUAUUUGUCGAGGAGUUUGGACACAUCAAAAGACGCGAUGGGUAUUUCAACAUUUCAGACAGUUUUAUCCAAUUCGGUGACGCUGUGUGCUUGCGAGACACGCUAUUCCAAUUCAACAAUGGGAAUGGGCUUCUCCCCUUGCAGUGCAACUUUUCAAUUUUGGAAACUGCAAUGCGAAGCGUUGCCCAUUCGAUCCCGUUGAUCUUGACCGGUCCCACGGGCUCGGGCAAAACAUGCAUAGUGCGGUACUUGGCUAACUUGCAAGGAGCGCAACUCGACGAAUUCUCGAUGAACAACGACGUGGACUCAAUGGACAUCCUUGGAGGUUACGAGCAAUCGGACGUCUCUCGAGAAAUGCAGAGCGUGCUCAGUGAAGCGAAAUUGACCAUCUCACGCAAUUUGUUGCUGAAAUAUUCGCUGUUAAGCAAAGGAGACAGCAUGUCUCUGGAAACGACUUUGCAAGCGUUGGGAGUCCUUCGGGCAACUUUUGCAAACAUGGUGACUUCAGACAAUUUUGAGCAAUUUUUCCACCAACUUGAGACCAUUCCUGAGUUGACAUCGAACGAGUUGAUUACAAAAACUCUAGCUGUGCUGACAAAGUUGGCAAAGCCACGAUCUUUGAAAUUCGAGUGGUUUGAUGGCCUUCUAGUUCAAGCCGUUCAAAAGGGUCACUGGUUGGUACUCGACAAUGCCAAUUUAUGCCCUCCCUCAGUCUUGGAUCGGUUGAAUUCUUUGCUAGAGACCAAUGGGAAGUUGGUCAUCAAUGAGUGCACGGCAGAAGAUGGCUCUCCACAGGUGAUUACGCCUCAUCCAAACUUUAGGUUGUUCCUAACCGUUGAUCCAAAGUACGGCGAGCUUUCAAGAGCAAUGCGGAACAGAGGUGUCGAGGUAUAUUUGGAGCCGUUAAGCGCUAGGCUGACUCUAUUCGACAAAGAGAUCUUGGGUAUGGGGACUUUCCCACUAGAGCAAGCAGCACCAACAGCCGCGUAUGUCUUUGAUUCAGAUUCAAACAUGAAGCGAUUCAGCAACAUUGUGGAUUCUGUUACCCUGGGCUCGACAGCUAUAGGCUCGUUGUGGUCCAUUUUGCGCGCUGAAGAAGUUCUGUUUAUCGAGAGUUGGGCCGAGUCGGUCAGAAAUAGCACAGAAUUUGACCAGACCGUAAAGAGCAUGGCCAAUAAUCUACAGCAGUAUUCCGCAUUUUAUUCUCAAUUGGGACUGCUUGGAGGUGGUGGUGGUGGCAUGACUCAGUCUUUGUACACUGAAGCAAAUAAGAUUGCUAGCGAUGUGUUUGCAAUUGACCCGCACUAUGGCUCCCAUCAAAGCCAGCACCCGUUGAUCAACACUUCGAUUGUAUCCACAUUUGCCGAUGCCUAUCCGUUGGUGAAGACGUGCGAGUCUACUAUGCUUUUUGAAGUAGUUGGCGAGAUGAAAGGAUUGGGUUCAAUGAUCAGCCAGGUACAAGAGGAGGCAUUGAACAAAAAGGUAGAGGACAUGACCUAUUUGGAAAAAUCUGCUGCCUCGUCGCAAGGUAGAAGCAUCAAGCAAAUGAGCAACGCCGAUGUUUUCCCGUUGAUAGAGGCAAUCUUUCGCGAUUCGGUGGCUUUGCUUUCACAAAGCAUGGAUUCCUCACCAUCCCGCGCCUUUGUCGUUGCUAUCUACACCCCAGUUCACGAGCUUCUUGCAGUCACAUUGGGAUAUGUUCAAAUAUUACACGAGAACAAUGCAGCAAAGAAUAGAGUGUUUAUGGAUUUGCUUAGGCACUGGGCUCUGUCCUACCCACUUUUGGAGACCACUUUUGCCCAAGGCUUGCUUGAAACCGAGUUAAAGACAGGACAGUCGAUGAACCGAAUUUGGGACAAUUUCAGGGGCAAAUACCCACCGACUCGGGAAGGCUGGGUGCAAUACGAGAAGCUCACCAGCGUCAUGAGAGACUUUGAUUUCGUGGCCAAGAGGCUCUAUCCUGAAUCACGAGAAGCAGUAACUGCGCUUACUGAGGCAUUUGGAGCUGUUUUCCGUUCAGUAAUCAACGACGAGGGCUAUGACCAAUUGGCUCUUGAUUCGCUCACCGUGAAGGCCAUGGAGGAGAUUGAGCAUUUGAAGCUAAAGGUCUCUCUGUUUUCCAAAAGACGCCAAAAUGCGUUCAAAUGGGAAUUUUCCUGCAUUUGCAAUAUUUUGGAGAGCACGGGCGCUACGCAGAGGAUACUGGAUUUGUACAUGUACUCAGACUGGUCGCUUAUCGAAUUGAUUCGAAGCCGCGAGAUGAAGCCAUAUCCCGUUAUUUUUGAGAUUUUAUGUGGUGCCGGCGAAAGCAGCAAAGACGACAAAGUGGUCGAGGCUUUAUUUGACAGCACUUUGGUAUUGUCUUCCUUGAAGCAGGCGGCUCAUUUAAAGGAUACGGCAGUGAACCAACUCCAAGAAGUUGGCGAAGACGCAAAGCUUUUGUUUAGGUCCUUAACCGAGUCCUCAACGUCCAUCUUGAGCCCCAAGGAGGCGGCUUUUUCCAGCUUGUUAAUUGGCUGCUGUAAGCAAUAUUUAAGGGUGCUAAGCGUGGAUCCAGACACGUUUGAAAUAAAAGAUCCGCUGGUGGACCCCCAGGUUCUUGUUGUUGUUGAGACGUAUUUGAUUCCUGCAAUGUCGUUGGCCUCGGCGUCGGCAUUGACAACGUCUCAACUUGGGAAAGCGUGGGUCAUGUUUUCGUGCGGACUCAUUAUGCUAUACGUUCCAGAUCAACCAAAUGACCCUGCAACCAAAGAAUAUGUCCAGUGGCAAUUAUAUGAAGCUCAAACCAAGUACAAUGGUCAACUCAAGUCUUCGUGGAACUCCAUCAGACUGGUGACUCAAGGGGAAGGAACGCUGUUGUUAGAAACCACCCUUGAUGAGCUUGACUCUCAAGCGCGACCAGAGAAACCAAUCGUUUACAGGGGUCUGGACUCACUUGACGGUUUGUUUUCAGAGUGGAACUCCAUAAUGGAAUCAACGGUGAACAUUUUGGAAAUCAAAAAUUUGCUUACAGAGAUGGAAACAAAUGACCCUAAGGCAACAAGAAAGUUGGCAAUAUUGCAAAACAACAUCUCCAAGUUUGUGGAGAGAAUGAAGCGGAAUUUCGCGGUCUUUUCUGAUAUAAAUGACAUUUUGGUUGGAUAUCUUUUAGGAUUGAAAUUUGGGCUUGAAUUGUCGGCAAUAGGAGCCAUGGCCGCGACAAUGCCCUCAUUUUCAAAAGAUUGGUUACUCAACACUUCGCAAAUUUUGAGCUUGCCUUCAGUGAAGGUUGAAUUUGAGAAAGCCCGUGAAUUUGUCAAAAAGUUGGAUUUGAGAGACCAAGCGGCCGAGUCUGUCAUGAUAUACUUUUUAAGGCUAGGCUUCACCCACGACUCUGAAGAAAUUGUUUUGUCAUCAUUAAAGUUUGUCUACUACCGUUGGAAUUUGCGGAAGAUGAAAGAAGAAGCAGAGGAGUCCGAAAAGGGCAACCUCUACAAGUACAAAAACUCCGAGGAAAACAUCGAGGAAGAUUUCCAAUCCAUGUUCCCUGAUUUCGAAGACGUGAUGGAUAUAGAUGCCGAGUCGGGCAAGGCGAGAGACUUUGAAAACAUUUACGCGAAGCUUGCAGAAGUGUACGUUGAACAGUACUCGAAACACCACAAGGCGGCCAUUGAUGUCACUGGUUUGACGAAAGAAGGGUGUCAAGUUGUGGAUAACCUCCUGCCUUACGAUAUGCACCUAAACGCAACAUCCACUUCCUCGUUGGCCGCUGUUAUCAACCAAGCACAUGAAGCGCAUCGGGCCGUCAUCACGAAUGGAUCCGUGAAGGAUUUCCAUUUCUACCGGGACGGAGAACCGAACGAGGUUGGCAAAGCGGGACACAUUAUAUCGAGCUUAGCCAUUUCGGCAAAGAAGUUAUUGGACGAGUGGCCAGAGCACGCGACACUAAAAAACAUUGUGUUUGCUUGUGAUGAGUUUUUGAACUACCCCGUGAGCUUACCUUUGGGCAGAUUUUUGCAGAAAUUGGAGCAGAUCUACACCUACAUCGCUGAAUGGCAAAAGUAUUCCUCCAAGCAUACGUCUCUCGAAUCGCAUUACGACAAGUUGACUUUGCUAAUGGUUUCAUGGAGGAAAUUGGAGUUGUCUACUUGGAACUCGUUGUUUAAAUAUGAGGAAGAUUCACUCUCGCUUAGAGUUGGCGGCUGGUGGUUUCACUUGUUUGAAGUGGUAAUUGUACCAAUAUUGAAGAGAGACGAAGAAGAAGAGGGAGAUGAAACUGUGGCAAAUGAUAGUGGCAAUAGCAGUGUUCAGCUUUUGGCUGCGUUGAACUCAUUCAUGAGUAAAAUCACUUUCGGAGAGUUUGCAAGCCGGUUGAAUCUUUUGAAAGCAUUCAAGAACCACGCUCAAAGCUUGAAGAACGGCCGUCUGACGCUGGAAGCAUUGUCAAACUUUAUCGAGUUUUACAGCCAGUUCAGCAGCCUCUUUGCCGAGAAAAUCGCCGAGUCAAAGAGCAGAUUGCAAAAGGAAAUUUCAGAAGUCAUUUUGUUGGCAAGUUGGAAAGAUGUCAACAUUGAUGCAUUGAAGCAAAGCGCCCGCAAAUCACACACGAGUUUGUUCAAGAUUGUGCACAAGUAUAGAUCCGUGUUGAGCUCGCCGGUUCAGCCAGUGAUUGAGCAAGGAUUGCCUACUGGGACUUCUGGUGUUAAGCAAGAUUUUUUCAAAAUCCCCAAGGUAGACGUGGAGCUGGUUAUUAUUUUGGAUACCGAUGCAAGUGGCCUUUCACGCAUAACAACCUGGAAAGAAAGGCCCCAGAGGCUUCAGGAUCUCACUAUAGUCAACAAAAACAUGAAUGUUUACAUUGAAAAAGUUUGCGCAGGUACUUUCCCGUCCAUGUUGGACUUUGCCCAAGAAGUCGCCGAGGACAUGAAUGCACUUCGAAAGGAGACCCCUUCGCACUUGAGCGAUGACAACAAAAAACUGGUGGCUGCUUUGAAAAAUCAAAAGAGAAAGUUGCUCAGUGAUACCAUCAAGGAGGCAAGGCGUGCUGGGCUCAUCACCAGUUCGCGUUCUGAUAUCCUCGCGACGCAGAGCUCGGUAAACUUGAUACUCGCCAACUCCGCCAGUUUUCAACAGACAUUGCUUGCCGGUUGCGAUAACCAGUUUUUCAAAAUAUUGGAGAUGCUUCCUCGUCUUCGAGCGGCAGCUUCGAACCCAGCGGGCGAUGUUCCAGCAGUUGAUGUGGAAAAAGCGCUCUCGGCCAUAGAGCAUUUGAUUCACUUGUUGAUAGUCAAGCGUCGACCAUUGGCUACGUUUGCAUCUCAGUACGCCCUUGUAUCGGACCAGUAUGGGAAGGACUUGUUGACGUUGGCAAGAAUGAAUGAGUCGAAACAACAGUUGAUAUCAAACCACACAAAGAAUAAAUUUUCUCAGGACUGGGCUUGGGCUAAAAGAAUACGAUCCUGGUUGCCCGGGUUGUUAGAGUAUGCGAGAAAUACCUUGUCCUCGUUGAGUUACUUUGGGACAUCAGUGGAUGCAGGUGCACUUGAUCGCUUGCAAUCGCAAUUGGACAGCUUUGCUCAAAUGGGAAAUUUUGAAAAUGGUCGCGUUGUCACCACCGAGCAGGAAGAUCAAGUGGCAGAAUUCCAGAACUAUAUAGACGGUUUGCUGUCCAUUUUGAGAGACUGGAAAGGUGAGCAUCCAGGCGCUGCAUUCGUUGCAGAUGUCAUCACGGAUUGGAUAAACAACACCCAUCCCGACUCCGUUGAUUCUCUAGCUUCACCAACAGCAGGUAUCGAGCAGUGCGAGCUCGAGUUUAGAGAACUUUCGUCUAUGAUUUUGGUAUCUGUUCAGAAAAUCACGGCAGUCAAAAACGACAUUGGUCGCGACGACGACAACUGGCUCACCGACUCUCAAGCCCGGAUCAGCGAAUUCAUGAACAAAACGCACAUUGAAAAAGUUGCGUCAAAGCUUAGUCGUUGCAUUGCAAUGGCUGGUUUGCUUCCUUCUUCCAAGUCUAAGCUAAUUUCCGUUCUAGCUGCAUUCACUUUGCCGCUAGUGAGGAGCUAUAUUCAUUUGUGCGCGGGAAUACUCGAGAGAGCUGCCAACCAGUACGACGACUUGUCCAGUGCUACAAGAAUGUUGUCCUCUCUGCUUUACGCGUUGGCCACAAACGGUUUCUGUUCCCCAGAGCCACCAAGUGAGCAGAAAGAGGACCAAAACUUGCAAGAUGGAACAGGGUUGGGAGAUGGUGAAGGAGCGCAAAACAACUCCAAGGAUGUUGAAGAAGAUGAUGAUUUGACGGAGAAUGCCCAGCAGCCCAACGACGAGCAGAAAAAGGAUGAUGACAAAGGCGAUGAUGAGGAUGAUGAUGCGGUGGAAAUGGAAGGCGACAUGGCUGGGGAGCUCGAGGAUAUGUCCGAUCAAAGCGACGAGGGUAAAGAUGAAAAUGACGAAGGUGAACAAGACUUGGACGAAGAAGUUGAUGAUUUGGAUGAGUUAGAUCCUAAUAGCGUGGAUGAGAAAAUGUGGGACGAAGAAGCCGAGGAGGACAGUAAAGAGAAAGAAUCGGACAAGCUUCCAGAAAACUCUACCAAGGACGACGAGAUGGAAGCAAACGAUGAAGAGGAUCUGCAGCACCCAGAUCAGAAAAAAGAAGAAGCAGAGGGCGCAAAUGACAGCGGAGGAGAUGAAGAAGAAGAAGGGGAAGAGGAAGAUGAUGUUGGUGAACAAGAGGAUCAAAUAGACAGCAAGGGUGAGCAGCUUGAGGAAAGUGUCUCUGAGUCUGAAGUUUUGGAUCUACCGGACGAUAUGAAUAUCGAUGGUGACGAGGACGACGAGGAAAAGAAUAAUGAGGAGGACUACGAUGAGGAAGACAAUAAUGAAGGCCAAGAAAGUGAAGGUGAAGGUGAAAGUGAAAGCGAAGCGAACGCUGACGCUACAAAUAAGGACGAUGACACGGAUGCUGAAGAGGAGGAAAACAUUGAAGGAGAAGCUACGGAACAGAAAGAGCCAGAACAGGAUCAGACCGAAGCCGAAGCCGAAGCUGAUGCUGAACAGGAGCCUGAACAGGAGCCAGAACAGGAGCCAGAGCCAGAGCCAGAGCCUGAAGCAAGUGGUGAGGACGGGAAUGAGGUUGAUGAAGACACUAACGAGAAAAACGAAGGCAAAGAAAAGGACUCCACCGAGAAAGGUGCAGGUGGAUCCGAGGCGAACGUGGACGACGAAGACGUUGACAAAGACACUGCAAUGCAGGAAGAGGAUGGCGAGUCUGGGAAAGGCGUUUUGGCGGCACAACAUGACAGCAGUGGAGAUACCAACACUGGUCCGCAGGAUACAUCGAAUGAGCCAACUGAAAAGCCAAUCCAAGACGAGGCUAGAGCCGAGGCCAAGGAGUCGCUCAAACAGCUUGGCGAAUCUCUCAAGGAGUUUCAUCGCCGUCGUCAGGAAAUUCAAGAAGCCGUGGAGGAAGAGAUGGAAGAGGAAGCUGGUGAACGGGCCGAUGAAUUCCAACACAAUCCAAAUAGCGAUGCAGAUGUGCAAGCUUUAGGUAGCGCUACCGAGGAUCAGGCGCAAAAGGUUGAUGAAGACAUGGCGAUUGACGAAGAAGAUGAACCAAUUGAUCAAAGAGAGGCUACAGCCAAUGACCAGGCGGACGCAAGCGAGGAAUUGAAUGCCGAUGAAGUCGAUGAUGAUGAAGUUGGUGAUGGUGGUGGUGGUGGUGGUGGUAGUGGUGAUGACGAUGGUGACGAUCAACUGAAGUCCGCUGCAUUAGAUCAAGUUUCUGAGGAGCAACAAGGUGAUCAAGUGAAUGGACUUGAAGAGGAUGAUGACGACGACGAUGAGUCAGACAAAGAGAGUAUUGUUGAAGAUGAGCUCCAUACUCAUGAUGAUCAACCUCCUGUUCCUUUGGAUGAUGCUCGCCAGUUGUGGAGAGAAAGCGAGCAAGCCACUCUCGAGCUAGCCUCAGGUUUGUGCGAACAAUUGAGAUUAAUCUUGGAGCCCACUCUCAGCACUAAAUUGAAAGGAGAUUACAAGACCGGGAAAAGGUUGAGUAUGAAGCGGAUAAUCCCAUACAUUGCAUCUGAUUUCAAGAAAGACAAGAUUUGGAUGAGAAGAACAAAGCCGUCCAAGAGACAGUACCAAAUCAUGAUUGCAGUUGACGACUCAAAGUCCAUGUCCGAGAGCAAGUCAGAUCGGUUGGCUUUCCAUAGCAUAGCCUUGGUUUCCAAAGCAUUGAGCCAGUUGGAGAGUGGCGGGUUGUCCAUUGUGCGAUUUGGAGAAGAUGUCAAAGUGGUGCAUGCAUUUGAUAAGCCGUUCAGCAACGAGACUGGUGCCAGAAUCUUCCAGUGGUUUGACUUUAAACAGUCGAAAACAGACAUCAAGGCUCUUUGCAACGAAUCGCUAAAGAUCUUUGACGAACAAAAAGUGAACAAUAAAGCCGAUUUGUGGCAGUUGCAGAUAAUCAUCAGUGAUGGAGUGUGUGAGAGCCACGAGUCGAUAUUGCGGAUGGUGAGAAGGGCACGUGAUGAGAAAAUCAUGAUGGUGUUUGUUGUAAUUGAUGGUGUGAAUCUGAAGGAGUCAAUCAUGGACAUGCAACAAGUGCGGUACGAGCAAGACCCCAAUACCGGUGAAAAUGUUCUCAAAGUCGAAAAGUACCUCGACUCUUUUCCAUUUGAGUUUUACGUGGUGGUCAAGAAUAUCAACGAACUUCCAGAAAUGCUUGCGACGAUUCUUAGACAGUACUUUGCAGAGGUUUCUACAAUUUAG